GCGGCGGCGGCGCGGGCAGAGGCAGAGAUAGGCGGCCAUAGGAGUAGAGGCGGCCGACAGCCCGACAGCUAUCUCUGCCCGAGAGCCCCGCUGCGCAGCAUGUCCGCACGCACGCUCGCCGCCGCCCUGGUGCUGGCCGCUGCUGCAGUAGUCGCCUCCAGCGCCCAGUCCCAGACCCACGACAGCACCAUGGCCACGGCCGAGGACGUCGACAAGUGCUGCGCCUUCGUGCACGCCAGCGUCGGCUACCAGCGCGAGCUCGCCGAGAAGAUCAAGCAGCUCAACGGCCGGCGCGUCUACCUGUUCGACGCGUCGGGCUUCUCCGCCGAGUUCGCUGACGAGCUGACGCCCGACAACAUCCGCUACAAGACGGGCGUGCUGGCCGGCGGGCUGCGCGUCGACGCCGUGCUGUCCGUGUCGGCGCACCGCGCGCUCGGCGACGGCCCCGACGCGGCGAGGACCUUCCUGCGAUGGACCGGGCGAGAACAGGACACCCUCCUCGACGAGCACGGCGUCUACGUCUGAGCGGGCGCCGAGCGCAGAGCGGAGGCCACAAACCAGCGGGACCAGCCAUGGAUUAUCAAGGACGAAUAAAUAAUAACCAGUAAUCAAG